AUGUUAAUGAAUAAUGGAAAGAAAAAAGGAAGAUACAUAUUUUUCCUAUUCAUUUUAAUUUCACAUGUCAUCAAAAUGAACGAAUGUGUGACAGCCAAGUUCCAUGUCCCCCGCACCUUAGACAAAUGCAUGAAAAGAAAAGGAUUGUCAGAUUUUUCCAAAAUGCAUAAAACAAGGUGUAAAAAUGGCAUGUUUUUUAUCUCUCCUUUUAAUGAACGAAACAAGAGAGAAAAAACAAAAUAUGUGUUAACCUUCAUGAGAAGUAAGUUUGCUAUUAGGAGGUUAGGGUGUAGAGAGGUAGAACGAGUAAAAAGAGCAGUUCAGGAAAAUCGGGACGACAAUGAUAGAAGGAGACAUUCCAAAAAACUUAUCUCACGAUGCAAUGCAAGUAAAGUGGUCACCCCCCAUAAUACUAAUGUGAACGAUAUGAAAGAUGACAAAGAAAAGGAAGAAAUAAUCUCGAGCUCUACUGAACUGAUGAAACACCUGACAUUUAACUUCGAUGAGGAGUGCAAUGAAAUUAUGGUAAGACUGGGGAAUUUUUUAGAAGUAUCCCCACACCUACUAUUUAAAGAUGUGUGUGUAAACUUAAAUAAAAUAUUCACAAAUUUGUACACGUACGAUCAUGAAAAUAACCCAUUUGCAAGCACGAAACAUACAUUAAAUAUAACUGACGAUGUUAUAAAACAUAAUAAAUUUAAAAUCUAUUGUGUAUUAGGAUUAAAAGUGCUGAGAAUAUUUUUAAUAAAAUAUUUAAGAAGUAUAAAAUUAUGUAUCCCUGUAGAAGUACGAAAGAGAUAUGUGGCUGACUUUUUAAAAAUUGAUCAUAUAUCAAAAAUAUAUGAUCCAAAAUAUAAUUUGAUUAAUUAUGAUAUAUUUAAACAACUUUCUGAUAAAUUAAAAGCGAAAUUAAUAUAUUUUUAUUUAGCUUUAAAACCACAAGAUGUACCAAAUGUUCUUGUGAAAAUAUUUAAGGCUGCUAAUUAUAAGGAUGAAAAUGAACUAUUAUAUAAAUAUAUUUACAAGUCCAAAUUUACUUCAAGGGGUGGAAAAAGAUUCCGUAAGAAUAUUUCAAAAGAAUACAUACAAAUUUUUGAGAAGGACAAAUUAGUUAGGAAACAUCAAUGUGACUCUGACAUUUUAUGGCUCCGAUUUUUUCAUUUGUUGAAAAUUCACAACCCCGAAAUGGCAGACAAGAAGAAAAUCCUAAAACAAACUUAUCGCCUCGUUUUUAGCAAAAUGAGCUUUGCAAACGAUGAGUUACUUCAUUUGUUUUCUCGGAAUGGUUUUCUCAUUUUUGACGAGCAGAGGGAAACGUCCAAGGGAAACAAUGCAUUAGGAGGGAACCAGGUGGAGACAGACGAGGUGGAGGUCACCCCAGUAGAACCGAAUCUGUCUGACAAAACUAGUGGCAACAAAGAGACAGAAGAUACACGAACGGCAAGGGAAAAGGUCCGCAUUGGAAAGAACAGGAAAAAUCAAGUAAUUAAUUACAUUAGUAACCUGAAAAAGUUCAUCUAUAAUUAUAUCCAGAAAAACAAAACUAUACAUCACAAUUUUUAUGUAUUAAAGAAAAACAUCAACAUGCCCAAGAACAGUCUAUACGAUGAUAUAAUAUCUCCCCAUACAAACUUGUAUCAUUUUACCAGUAUGCAGAGCAAGCUUAUAAAUUGCGAAUCUAGUGGUGAGGUUUCACGACCUAUGAACGAACAUACUUCACAGGACUUGCCUGACCUAAGAGGAACCACGAUAAAGGAAGAUUCUAAUGAUAAGGAGACAACAACCAAAGAGGAAUUAUCAUCCCCUCAAAAUGAUAUAGACCUCUACUGCAACACAGUUAUAAACAACACAAUUGAUUUUAUAUUAGACAUCAUGAUGGAAAGCGCAGGCUUUGGAAAUAUAAAAACUUUACUUGGCAUAUACAGCUCUCUAGGCACUAACAAGGAGUUCAAGUUGGUACACUUCAAGCACAAGUUGUAG